AGGACCAGGCCGGGGGAGCCGUGUUUUAAGACGUACCCUCUGGUGUGUGUGGAUCUGCUGAAGAGAUCCCGAGUCACCUUUCAAGCUGGACGCACCCUAAAGGAGAGCUUCAGAGUGGCCCAGCUGGAGGCUUUGGUGCGGAUGCUGCAAGAUAAUGAGGGUGAUUUUGUGGAUGCUCUUGAAAAGGACCUUCAUAAGCCUCGAUUUGAGACAAUUUCAUCAGAACUGAUUCCCAUCAAAAACGAGGCACUUCAUGCUAUUAACAACCUUAAGAAGUGGAUGCAACCGCAGCAUGUGGAGAGAAACUUGUGCACCACGUUGGAUGAGUGUCUGGUGGUCAGUGAGCCGCUGGGGGUGGUUUUUAUCAAGGGGGCCUGGUGUAACCCUGUCCAAAUGUGUCUGGUGCCACUGGUAGGAGCCAUAGCAGCAGGAAACUGUGCAAUCAUCAGCCCCUCGAUGUGCACUGCUCACACAGCAGAGUGUCUUCAUCGACUCGCCCCUUUCUACCUGGACAAUGAAUGCUUCCAUGUGAUACUUGAAGGCACUAAUGACUUGCCUGAAGUUAUGGAACUGAAAUUUGACCAUGUCUUCUUUACAGGAAAUAGGGAGGAAGGAACCAAAAUUGCUCAAGCUGCAGCUCGCUCACUAACGCCUUUCACCCUGGUUUUGUCUGGAAAGAACCCAUGUUAUGUAGACCAACACUGUGAGAUUAAAAAAGCCGCUCAGCGCAUCGCAUGGGCGCGUUUUCACAACGCUGGACAGAGCAUGGUGGCUCCGGAUUACAUCCUGUGCCACAAGGUUGUAAAAGCACAACUGGUUCAAGCCUUGAAGGGCUGCCUGCUGCAUUUUUAUGGUUCUGAUCCGAGAGAGUCCCGUAGUUAUGGCAGGAUGGUCAGUUCAGAGGUCUUCAACCGUACCAGAGACCUGAUGUGGAGAUCUGGCAAAGUGGCUGUGGGAGGGCAAGUGUUCGAAGCAGAGAGGUAUAUUGCGCCGACAGUUUUAACUGUGGAAGAUAAUGAUCCCAUCAUGCAACAUGACUUUUUUGGCCCAGUUCUUCCUGUCCUAACUGUAAACAAUAUUGACGAGGCCAUCACCUUCAUUAAUAAGCAGGAGAAACCCCUCUGUGUGUAUGCAUAUUCCAACAAUCACAAGGUCAUCUCAAGGCUAAUAAGUGAGACUUCCAGUGGAGGCUUCUGCUCCAAUGACAGCGUCCUGCAGAGUCUGAUGGUGACUCUGCCUUUUGGUGGAGUUGGUGCAAGUGGAACAGGUGCCUACCACGGCCGCCACAGCUUUGAGACCUUCUCUCACAGGAAAUCAUGCCUGCUGAGAGGCACGGGCUUCGAAUGUGUUACAAAUCUGCGUUACCCUCCCUAUGAGGACCGCAAUCUGUCUCUGAUGACAUGGGCCAGCACCUUGUCCCAGAAGACACAGGGCUGGUGCCAGAUCCUGUGACUGCGUGGGGGGUGACGACAGAGCCAUGAUGGAGGACAGCCGGAUUGCUAAUGUGCUAAUGUAUCGUUAGUGUGUGUUUAAAACAUAUAAGAAAAAUAAAACAUAUGACUAGGCUUAGCCAC